AAUUUAAGAUCAUACUUUAUGAAGAAAUGGACAAUUCUAAAGUGUAAACGUUAGUAGGAAUAUAAAAGAUAAUACGGGUUCACCCCCUCGUCUUGGAAAAUGAACUCACCCUGCUCGAUGGUGCUCGUGAGAGUUGCUGCUGCGCAGAGAAACAGCUACGACAUGUUGCCGAGCAACGACAAAUUUACAAGAGGAAGAAAAAGACUAACAAAACUGGUGCAGCAUGAGCCACCUGUGCGGCAUGGCUUCAUCGGACAAAGAAAAGAUUUUAAAUGUUUUCAACAAUCAACUAAAAUCAGCAGAUAAAAACCCUCGCUCAGUGAACAGAUUCACUGCAGACUGCAACUGUUCAAAUCAUAGUAAAACAGAUGAGCAGAACAAAAUGAAAAGACGUAGGAGCCGCAAGGACAGGAGUCAGAUGAGAGGUGGUGGGAAAGAAGUCCUAGCGUACAAAUCACAUCAUCAUCAAUGCCGCCGCCAAAUCAGUAGCGACAUGGCGGCACAUUUCGAGAACGGCUGUCAUAGUAGCUGUCACUGUCCUUCAAGGAGAGCGGCAUCUUUUCCAACCAUCACUCCUGCUGCACAGGAGCCCAGCAUAAUAACGGACAGUCGCCUGAUAGGACACCAAGGCCUGUUCAACCAUGAGGUGAAGUCUAUCGACAUUGAACGCUUGUUAAGUGAGCAGAGGAAACUGAAGAAAAGUGGACAGCAAGUACAUGAAAACAAAAAUGCUACUUCACUAACCUUUUCAACAUCCCAAAUCCCUUCUCCAUCCUCCAUUAAUGAUUUAUUGGUUGCUGAUAAUGAUGAAUAUCUGCCAUUGGAAAAACAAACAGGCCAUGAUGAUUGUGUGAAGAAAUAUAACCAAAUCAGUCAGGGAUCAGAAAUAACACCCGGGCAGAGAGCGCAGCCACAACUUGAGCUUUCUUUGGAAAGUGUUAAAAGCAUCUCCUCAUCGAAAAACAGCUCCAGCGAUGUCGUGAUAGUCAAGAGCAAUAAGAUGAACCCUGACGUGUCUGAUGAGGGCAAAGAGUCUCAGCUGACUCCCACUGCUAUGAAAACAUUAAACAGGAAGGUAAAAGGACACAUGAUUUCUGCUCUGGACCACACCCCAAUGAACAGGGACUCUCCUGUCCAUCACACACAGGCUCAUGGUGUCAGCCCGAGCCCCCUUCAGCUGUCCAGCUCCCCCACUGCUGACAUCUCUGACAUAAAGCCCAGAAGACCAGAUCCUGACAGUGUGUCUCAGUCUGUCGGUGCCAUGGCAGCACGUUUGACUGACUCUCUGAGGUUCCCACUGCUGAGGAGGAGAAACCUGGUUGCAGAGAGCAGGGAGGUCCUGCUGAGAGCUCUACGGGACAACCACGGAUCGCAGCUUCAGGAAAACCUCCAUGAGGUGCAGCGAUGCCUCAGCUUUGGUGCUGAUCCCUCAAAGAAAGUCCAGCCUCAGGAGUCGACCAUGAUGGAAGAGCUUCUACCUCCAGAUGUGUUCAAAGCAGCGUUUCAAGCCGAAACUGCUUAUCAGCCAUGUUUUGACGCCCAGAAAACCACACCUUUCAGAACGACUGGAAGUAGACAUUUUAGCUGGAAAUCCAGGCCACAACCAAACCGAAACAUGGAACAGACCGCUGAUUGGUUGACAAGCCCUGUGGAGACUUCUGUCAGCAUUUUUGAUGACAUCACCAGACCUUCUUGCGCUCCUCAGUUCUGCAUGGACUUUGAGCCCUCUGGAGGUACAGCCAGCAGUCAUUUGUUCUCUCCACCCUCAUGCUGGGGACAAAAGGCCUCACAGUCUGAGCCGUGGGAAGACCGCUUCAACAGAAACAGGAGCAAUAAAGAUUUUACUUUUGAUUCCUUUGAAAACACCUUCAAAGACAACACCAGAGCAGAGAGGAGCAGCACCGUCCAGCCUUUCUUCCCUUAUCAAACUCAGCUGCCAGAUCGACGUCCUGCUGAGCUAAUGCAUUUCCCAGACCCAUUUGAAUCUGACAGAUAUUCAUUUGCUCCCUCCUUCUCCACCCAAACUCACCAUCCUCAAGAGAGUUUCCAUCCCUACAGCCAAUCCAGUCAUCCUUCUACUGGCCCUCCCCUCAGGUCCCACCACACUGACAUGAAACAUUACCCUCCAUCUCACAUGAUAGACAAAGACCCAUCAGCCCCCCUCUCUUCUUUCCCGAGCCCUGAGCAGUGGACCUUCCCUCCAAUGAGACUGUACUAAUAUAGAGUGAAGCUCUGCAUGGAUACAAGCCUGUGAACAUUUCUUUGACAAAC